AAGUCCCGUUUCAGCCUACUAUCGACAGACCCCUCUGGACGACUGGAAGCUUAUUAGUUAGGCACAACUCAUCUCAGGAGUGCCGCGCGAUCGCUGCUGUUUGGACGCCCCCAAAUGCUCUGAAUAAUUAAUCACUCUCUCCGGGUAGUCGAAAACCUACAGACAUGGCUGACGAACCCGAUGUGGCUAUGGAAUCUCUGGCGACAGCCACGUCGGACACUAGCGAUCAUGCCGAGAUAGUCGCACAGGUCGCAGGUGACAAACAGGUCGCAGGAGUCGCACAGGUCGCAGGCGACUCCGUCGCUGGCGUCGCUCAUCCCGCCGAGUUCGACAAGGAGCAAUUCGUUACUGUCAUCCCCCUGCAAGCCCUCGCCGUGCCGGCGCGGCUGGCGCAACGGACGUCUCGCAUCGUUGACGGCCACACCUUCGACCGACCUCGCUUGCGUCACAUCCUUCCACAUCCCAGCGACGCCUCUCUGCGCCUGGUGCUACUGGAUGACGUCAUCAAGGACGCCACCAAGGAUCUCCCACCAGCCAUUCGGCAGCAGCUGCAGGGGGAAGGGCUGUUCAACGUGGCCACGCACGACCAGUGCCUGGACUACUCGUACUGGCCCGCAGACCACAUACUGCGGAAGUUGCUGCCACCAGGGGUUGAAGUGCCCACAGCGUUUGAAACUGUCGGCCACAUCGCCCAUGUCAAUCUGAGGGAUGAGCUGCUGCCGUACCGCUUUGUCAUCGGGAGAGUCUUGCUCGAUAAAAACGCACCCCUUAUAAGAACAGUUGUCAACAAGAGCGGGAUCAUCGAAAACGAGUUCCGGGUGCCGACUCUCGAGGUGAUAGCUGGGGAAGGCUCAUCCACCAACCUAGAGACCUCUGUGCGCCAGCACGGGGCCACCUUUCACUUGGACUAUGCCCGAGUGUACUGGAACUCACGUCUAGAGCACGAGCACAAGCGCUUAGUGGAUGCUUAUUUCAAGAAGGGAGAUGUGGUGGUCGAUAUGUUUGCUGGUGUGGGCCCGUUUGCGGUGCCGGCUGCGCGCGCGGGGUGCGCCGUGUUUGCGAAUGAUCUGAACCCGGACAGUGUGGAGUAUUUAAAAAGGAAUGUGAAGGUGAAUAAGGUGGAGAGACGGGUGAGGGCUUAUAACGAGGAUGCACGGGUGUUUGUGAGGCGGGUUCUUAAGCCGCCGGAAGGGGGUGCAGCUGAGGAGGGUCCGGUCCAGGAGAAAGGGACUGUGGAGGGAGAGGAGGAGAAGAAAGAAGGGGAGAGGAAGGAGGAGAAAGAGCAGGAGGAAGCAGCAGGGAGGGGGGUGAAGAGAGAAAGAGGCGAUGGGAGCAAAGAGGAGGAGCAGAGAAAAGGAGAUGGGAUGGAGGUGGAGGGUCUAGGGGAGCAGAGGCUAGAAGUGGGGAGCACAAGUGUAAAACGCGGGGAGGCAGUCGUCAUGGGGAAAGGGGUUGAGGGGGUGACGCGGGACGCACAAGGGCAGGCAGGGGAAGAAGCAGGAGAGAAUGGCAGUGAGGCACGGGAUGGUGUUGAGGGGGCUGGUGGCAUUGCGGGCCAAGACAGUUGUGGGAAAUCAGACGACAGAGACAGAAAUGAGGGGGGAGGAGCGGCUGAGGGAAUGGCAGGGGAGGAAACGGAGGAGGUUAAAGAGGGAGGGAAGAAGGGGGGGUUGGGGGAAGGUAAGGAGGAGCAGAAGGGCGAGGGGAAAGGGAGGAAGGGCAAAGGGAAGAGGAAGGGAGGGAAGGGCGAGAGCAAGGAUGAGACGGACUCCAUGGAUGCGGCAUCAGUGGCACCAUGGCAGCACGUGGACCACGUUGUCAUGAACCUGCCCGCCUCUGCCAUCACAUUCCUCGACUCCUUCCGCGGUGCCUUUUCCCGCGCCCACUGGGUGGGCCCCCUGCCCCUCGUCCACACCUACUGCUUCCAGCGCUCAGGCCAGUCGGCAGAGGCAGUGAUCAAGGAGGUGGAGCAGCACCUUGGAGCGGCGGUCGAUGCUGCCGCCAUGUCUAUCUAUCAAGUCAGGAACGUGGCACCCAAUAAGGACAUGUUGUGUGUGUCGUUCCGACUGCCAGAAUCAGCCGCUUUUGCUGCAGACUCGUAGGUGCGGGGGGUGUCAAGAUGAGUACCGAUUCUUGGCCCAACAACACCAAGGAUUCUUAUUCUGACUCUAGUAGUCAUCACAACAAGCUUCCUGCGUAUUUCGUUGGUAUGCAUCAUUACUUACUAUGCUGUGUUGCCUUGCCUAUUGUUGGAAACAAAGAAUUGGAGAAGUAACCAGUUUCUGUAGUAUCGAGACUAAAGCGAUACUGUGGAGUGGUCAACAACGAGUACGGCGAGUCAACGGAGGUUACAUGCGGCAGUUGUGCUUGUAAUUAAAGCGCGUGGCAGUUGAAAUAACUUGUCCUAUGUUGUAGAAGACUAAGUAUAAAACUGCAAAUACGAACACUUGGAAAUCCUCAAGUGUUGGCCCAGGUAUCAGAAUUGUAAAUUGUAUGAU